AUGGAGGUGUUCUAUAUCAACUCCUCCAUACUCUUUAUCUCUCACAGACCCAUUAACCACACUGGUGCUGAAAAGACAGUCUAUGAGAUUUGCAAAGACAUGCCCGCUGUACUCAUUUGGUACCUGGGCCUACAGUUCAUCAACAUGUUCCUUGGCAUCCCAGCCAACAUCAUGGUGCUCUGGCUCAUCCAUAAGAACAAGGGAGACUCAUCAACUUCAGAUAUCUUCAUCCUUCAUCUGGCCAUUCUGGAUGUCCUGUUUUGUCUGAUCCCUCCACUGGAGCUGGCCAACAUUGUCUUCCUGACGACCAGUAGCACCUGGUAUGUCCUACGUUUCUUCUAUGGCAUUAAAGACUCCUCACCUCUCUUCCUCUCGUGCAUCUGCCUGGAUCGCUACAUGGCUGUGGUCCACCCCAUCACCUUCACUGAGCUCAAAGACCGCCGCCACCGGGCAGUUCUCGCCAUUGUGGUCUGGCUCAUCACGCUGGCCUACGCUGCGGCAAAGUGUGUGGGCAACAUCAUCAACUUUGAAAAGGUCUUUACAGGGAUGAUCCUGGCAGCGUUUGCCUUCAUGGUGUUCUGUAACAUCGCCAUUCUCUGGGCACUCCGACAGUCUGGGCCUGGUAGAGACGAGAUGCACCCUGUGAAGAAACGAGCAUUCAAGAUGGUCCUUGUUAUCCUGGCUAUCAUUGUAUUUAAUUACUUCCCACCAGUUGCAUUGUUCCCCUUCCAGCACUACUUCUCUCCUGAUGUGUUUCGCUGUUACAUUCACUAUGUUGCAUUUGGUUUGAUGGACUUCAGCAGCAGCAUUCAACCCAUGCUCUAUCUGUCCAAAGAAAAGCCACCAUGGAAAUGCUGCUUCCACACCAGCUCAAGUCAAGAUCAAUAA